AUGGCAUCAUCCAACAAAGCGGUAACCCCGCUUAUCAUCGAUAAUGAGUCCGUUGAGACCGAUGUCAGAUUUGAAGUCCAUGCUCCCGCCACCGGCGAGCUGAGUGGCUAUUGUGCCGGUGUGUCGGUCGCCGAUGCCAACCGCGCAGUCGACAGUGCCCAGGCUGCCUUUCUCGCAUGGAGGAAGACCAAGGCACACGAGCGCCGCGACAUCCUGUUGAAGGCCGCCGACAUUAUGGCCUCGCGCAAAGAGGAAUUGAUACAGUACCAGCGCGAGGAGACCGGUGCCGGUCGACCCUUUUCGGAAUUCACUUUCAACCAGGGUGUGCUCUUUAUCAAAGAGUUCGCGGGUCGGAUAUCCACGAUCGAGGGUGUCGUGCCCCAUGUGAGCGGGGAGGGGGAGGAAGCGAUCGUAUACAAGGAGCCGUAUGGAGUAAUUCUGUCAAUCGCGCCAUGGAACGCUCCUUUCAUUCUGGGUACGCGCGCCGUAGCGCUCCCACUCGCAGCCGGAAACACCGUCGUUCUCAAGGGCUCCGAGCUCUCACCCAAGUGUUUCUGGGCCCUGGGCGAUAUCUUCCGCCAGGCUGGUCUUCCUGCCGGAUGUCUGAACGUCAUCUUCCACCAGCCCUCCGACGCCCCGGCCGUCACCACUGCGCUGAUUGCUCACCAGGCUGUGCGCAAGGUCAACUUCACCGGGAGCACACUGGUCGGCUCGAUCAUUGCUUCCACCGCAGGUAAAUACAUCAAGCCUGUGCUGCUCGAGCUGGGUGGGAAGGCGUCGGCGGUUGUUUUGGACGACGCGAAUUUGGACAAGGCUGCCAUGAACUGUGCCAUUGGAUCGUUCAUGCACUCCGGUCAAAUCUGCAUGUCGACCGAGCGGAUUAUCGUGCUACGGUCCAUUGCAGAUGAGUUCCGACAGAAACUUGCUGCGACGACGGAGAAGUUGUUUGGCAAGGAUGCGCCCGCGCUAGUACUAGUGAACACCGCAGCCGUCGCUAAGAACAAGAGGCUUGUGGCAGACGCCGUGUCUCGCGGAGCUUCGCUUCUUUUCGGCGACGCCAAUGCAAGCGAGUCCGUUGGAGCGGGCAUGCGACCGAUCGUCGUCGACGGUGUCACCAAGGAGAUGGAGAUGUACGCUACCGAGUCGUUUGGUCCGACCGUGUCUCUCAUGGUUGUGGACACUGAAGAUGAGGCAAUCGCACUAGCAAAUGACACCGAAUACGGUCUGACAGCAGCUCUGUAUACCAACAAUCUGUUCCGGGGGCUGCGGGUGGCUAAGCAAAUUGACUCAGGGGCCGUCCAUAUCAAUUCUCUGACUGUACACGACGAGUCUGCCCUCCCUCACGGAGGAUGGAAGAGUAGUGGCUUUGGUCGCUUCGGAGGGAGUUCUGGAUACGAUGAGUUCCUCCAGACUAAAACCAUUACAUGGCAGGAGUAG